CUCUGACCUUUGAGGCUCCCACGUGGUGUAAUGGAGGAGAGCAGCGGAAGCAUGCGGAGCAGCAAACAGAGAGAAGAGAUGAAGAAAGUCCGAGAGAAAACAGCAAGGAAGAGGAGUAAAGAGGAGGAGGAGGAGCAGGACCAGGACCAGGACCAGGACCAGGACCAGAUUUUUAACUUCAACAACAAACCUGCUGAAGAAGAGGAGGAAGAUGAAGAUCUGUCAGACAGUGAGGACAGCGUCUACUCAGGACUGGAGGAUUCUGGGAGUGACAGUGAGGAUGAUGAAGAUGAAGAGGAGGCAUUAGACGCUGCUGCGGAUGAUGAUGAAGAGGAGGAGAAGGAGGAGCAGGCUCAGCGGACAGAGGAGAGGAGGAGGAAGGAGGGAGGAGUGACAGACGGAAAGGAAGAACAGAAGAAAGACGAGUACGAACACGACUCCUCAGAUGAGGAGGACAUCAGGAACACAGUGGGGAACAUUCCCAUGGAGUGGUACAGAGACUUCCCUCACAUUGGCUACGACCUGGAUGGGAAGAAGAUCUACAAACCAAUCAGGAAUAAGGAUGAACUCGACGACUUCCUGGACAAAAUGGAGAACCCGGACUACUGGAGAACAGUCCACGACAAGCAGACAGGUAGUGACAUCAUCCUGUCGGACGACCAGGUGGAGCUGGUCAAUCGUCUGCAGAGAGGACAGUUCGGAGACGUCAACUUCAACGAGUACCAGCCGUCAGUGGAGUUCUUCAGUAAAGAUGUGAUGAUUCAUCCGGUCACCAACAGACCUGCAGACAAACGCAGCUUUAUCCCCUCACUGAUUGAGAAGGAGAAGGUGUCUAAGCUGGUCCAUGCUAUAAAGAUGGGUUGGAUCAAACCUCGUCGGGUGGAGGACGACAGUCGGGGUCGUUACUAUGACCUGUGGUCGACUGAGGACUCGUCCAUUCUGGCCAAACACAAGAUGCACCUGCCCGCCCCCAAAAUCCCUCUCCCUGGUCACCAGGAGUCCUACAACCCCCCACCUGAGUACCUGUUCACAGAUGAGGAGCGGGCUCUGUGGGAGCAGCAGGAUCCGUCAGACAGGAAGUUGCCAUUUGUUCCGGUGCGGUUCUCGAGCCUCCGUCAGGUUCCUGCGUUUCCUCGUUUCAUCCACGAGAGGUUUGAGCGCUGCCUCGACCUUUAUCUGUGCCCCCGCCAGAGGAAGAUGAGGGUCAACGUGAAUCCAGAGGAUCUGAUUCCAAAACUUCCUAAACCCAAAGACCUGCAGCCGUUCCCCACCACACAGUCUCUGGUGUACCAGGGUCACAGUGGUCUCGUUCGGUCCAUCAGUGUGUCUCCAUCAGGACAGUGGCUCGCAUCAGGUAGUGAUGACGGCUCGGUCAGGUUCUGGGAGGUGCGUUCAUCUCGUUGUAUGAAGACAGUCCAGGUGGGCGGAGCUGUUAAGAGUGUCGCCUGGAACCCAAACCCGUCUGUCUGUCUGCUGGCUGUUGCCCUGGACUCGGUGGUCUUGCUCCUGUCUCCCUCUCUGGCAGACAGACAGGUUGUUUCAGCGUCAGAGCGACUCCUUUCAGGUCAGGACGAGGUGGAGCCAGCAGAGGGUGCGGGGCCUGUCACCUGGGGUGAGGCUGAGGGGGAGGAGCUAAACCAGGGGAUCCGCCUCAGAAUCCAACAUCCCAAAGCCGUCCACCAGGUGGUGUGGCACACUAAAGGAGACUACCUGGCCUCGGUGAUGCCGGAUCACUCGAGCCACCUGCAGGUGUUCAUCCACCAGGUGAGCCGGAGGCGGAGCCAGAACCCCUUCAGGAGGAACAAAGGUCUGGUUCAGUGCGUAUCCUUCCACCCGGUCCGGCCCUACUUCUUCGUGGCUACGCAGCGCUCGGUCCGGAUCUACAACCUGGUCAAACAGGAAAUGACCAAAAAACUACAGGCCAACUCCAAGUGGAUCUCCAGCAUGGCGGUCCACCCCGGGGGUGAUCAUGUGAUCUGUGGGAGCUACGACUGCAGGCUGAGCUGGUUCGACCUCGACCUCUCAACCAAACCAUACAAGAUGUUACGACACCAUAAGAAGGCGGUGAGGGGUGUGGCCUAUCACAGAGUUUACCCUCUCUUUGCAUCAGCAUCCGAUGACGGAUCAGUGAUCAUCUGUCACGGGACUGUUUACAACGACCUGCUGCAGAACCCGUUGAUCGUCCCGGUGAAGGUCCUCAGAGGUCAUGUGAUCACUCAUGACCUCGGUGUUCUGGAUGUGACCUUUCACCCCACACAGCCCUGGAUCUUCUCCUCUGGAGCCGAUGCCACCAUCCGCCUCUUCACCUAGCAACCUGCCCGGCAACCAGCUGAGAGUCGGUGAUGAGGUUGCUAAGAUAUGAUGUUGUUGACUGUUUUUUCCUGUCUGUUUUUAAUUAAACUCAAAUGUUCUGA